AUGGGUCACCUCUCGCAAAUCGAAGCCAUCAUGGAAGCCUACGACGACAUCCUCUACCACUAUAAAGAUUACCACAACCAUCCCUUAAACAUGCCCAAGAAACAAGUCAUUCUACGACAAAAGGCGGAUUUCAACUUCUGGGCAAUACAUUCGGGCGUAUGCAUCCCAGAACUUGACCUUGAACACGAGUUCGAACGGGAAGCGGUAAAAGGACUUGACGCCUUCGUCGCGACUGCAACUAAACUCGAGAGACUAUACCAAGAAGCUCCAAGUCCUGAAGUCACAUGGCGGGCAGAGGAGUAUGUAACCUCGCUGUCAGAAAUGCUGAGCCAGCUGGCUCAUAUAUUCGGCGUCCUUGUACCUUCGUUGCAGAACACAGGAACGGCUUCUGAGCAGCCAACUGAAGCUUGA